AUGAACGAUCCUCGUUUCAACAGUGAGAUUGACAUGAGGACAGGAUACAAGACGAAUCUGAUCCUCUGUAUGCCCAUAUGCAACUACGAUGGAGACGUGAUUGGCGUCGCUCAGAUCAUCAAUAAAACGGACGACUCCGACGAGUUCACCUCACACGAUGUCGAAGUUUUCCAAAGGUACCUCACGUUCUGCGGCAUUGGGAUUCAGAACGCUCAGCUCUUCGAAGUUUCCGUGCUCGAGUACAGACGGAAUCAAAUACUGUUGAACUUGGCGCGCAGCAUCUUCGAGGAGCAGAACAACCUCGAGUGUCUGGUCACGAAGAUAAUGCGAGAGGCACAGGAUCUGCUGAACUGCGAGAGGUGCGCUGUGUACUUAUUGGAUUUGGACUGCUGCGAGGCGAGUCAUUUGGAAAAUAUAAUCGAACGUCCUGGAAGGAUAAUAGAGAGACACGCGCCUUUGAAUCGACUGCAGAGCGACAAUGUGAGUCCUGAAGAUAUGAUGGAUGGAGGAACAACCAACAAGUGCAAAUUCACCACGAUCUUCGAGCUUCGCGACGGCGGAUCCAACACCUUAGUAUCGAGGCCAUCGUCGUUCGAUCUCCAGUGCUCGACUUUAGCUCAGAUCGCAGGAUACGCGGCAAGUAGAGGACAAAUUCUCAACAUCGGCGACGUGCAGACGUGGCUCAACGAGCAGCACACGGAAGGAGAUGCGGAAUCUGCAAGAACAAUCCUCUGUAUGCCCAUCAUCAACGGCCAGAAGACCCUGAUCGGCGUAGCUCAAUUAAUAAACAAAGCGAACGCCGUUCCUUUCACCGACUGCGAUGUUUCCUUGUUCGAAGCCUUCGCGAUCUUCUGCGGUCUUGGUAUACAUAACACGCAGAUGUACGAGAACGCCUGCAAGCUGAUGGCCAAGCAGAAGGUGGCUUUGGAAUGUCUUUCGUAUCAUGCGACUGCCAGCAACGAUGCGACGGAGAGGUUGCUCAAGGAGGAUAUUCCGACGGCGGAUCGCUUCAAUUUGUACAGUUUCACGUUCAUUGAUUUCGAGCUCAACGAUGAGGACACGUGCAAAGCCACAAUUCGGAUGUUCCUGGAAUGCAAUUUGGUCCAGCAAUUUCACAUCCCCUACGACGUAUUGUGUAGGUGGAUUUUGAGCGUGAAAAAGAACUACAGGCCUGUGAAGUACCACAACUGGAGGCACGCACUGAACGUCGCGCAGACGAUGUUCGCAAUGUUCAAGACUGGAAAGAUGGAUCGUUUCAUGACCGACCUGGAGAUCCUCGGCCUGCUGGUAGCUUGCCUCUGCCACGAUCUGGAUCACCGCGGCACGAACAACGCUUUCCAGACGAAAACCGAAUCCCCGUUGGCAAUUUUAUACAGUACCAGCACCAUGGAACACCAUCAUUUCGAUCAGUGCGUGAUGAUCCUCAAUACGGACAGCAAUAAUAUAUUUCAAGCCUUAUCACCUGAAGAUUACAGGAGAGUCAUGAAGCUAGUAGAAACGGCAAUUCUAUCGACGGAUUUGGCCAUGUAUUUCAAGAAGAAAAGCAUGUUUUUGGAUCUCAUCGAAGACGGCGAAUUCGAUUGGCAGAGCGACGAUAAGAAGGAACUUCUUUCUGGUAUGAUGAUGACCGCUUGCGAUGUGAGCGCAAUUGCGAAGCCUUGGGACGUCCAACACAGGGUGGCAAAGCUCGUCGCCGACGAGUUCUUCGAUCAAGGAGAUUUGGAAAAGAUGCAACUCAAAGAACAACCUGUUGCGAUGAUGGACAGAGAGAGGAAGGACGAGUUGCCCCAAAUGCAGGUCGGAUUCAUCGACGUCAUCUGCCUUCCACUGUACCGAGUCCUAUCCGAUACAUUCCCAUGGGUGGAGCCCCUUUAUCAGGGCACAGUUGAGAACAGGAAGCAUUGGCAGGAUCUGGCUGAAAAAGUCGAGAUGGGUUUGACCUGGAUCGACCACGAUACCAUCGAUAAACCAGUCGAAGCUUUUACCGAUCCUGAAGAAACGAAGGAUAUCGAGUUAACAGUUCAAACUCUACACACGGUGCAGCCACCACCGCAGAUCAAUCAGAAGAUGAAGAGGAGACACAAGAUCUGCACGAUGCUGUGACACUAGUUGCUGUGACCCAUUUCAGAAUCAAAUAAUUCGUGUACAUACUUGUUUUUUUUUGUUAUUGAUUUAUUUUUGAUGAAUUACUUUUUGGGAGAGAGGUGCGUUGCUCAUAUACAGAGUGUUUCCCUUCAUUAAUUGGAUUGGAUAAUUGCAAGUGAUGAAGACGUUCACGUAAACUUCACUUUCUUCGAAGUACUUUUUUGUUGUUAUUGGUUUUUCGUGUGGAAGCAUAGCAUGUGAUAUGAUAUAAGUCAUCUAUUUUUUUGUUUUUGUUUGUCUUUCGUUCCGAAGAACCCGCAGUAGUUUUACAUGUAUACAGUGCAUAGGGUAUACCAGUAUUUUAUGUAUAGACCUUAGACCUAAACCUAAACAGAAACUAAUAAUAAACUAAAAAAUAAAUAUAUAUUAUGUAAACCAGUUAAAUGUAAGAACUGUGAGUGUGCAGACAGUUAAAUUUUUUGGCGUGUUUCAUGCGUAUACUAAAUAUGUUGCAUUAUUGAAGGAAGAAUAAAGCUGUUGAGCUUUAUUUUGAUUUUGUUCAGAUCAUCUUUACAUCCAUCUCUUCACACACACAAACACACACACAAAAAAAAAACUUUUUGUAAACCAAGCAAUAAUACACCUAUGAUCUUUCAUUAUAUU